UAUGCUACGAAUUGGUCAAUUGGCAUUCAUACGUUGGAAGGAAAAUAAAGAGAACAACGUAACACUGAUACUGUGAUGAAAAUAUUAUUCCCAGGUCACUUUUGAAGAAGAGGAAAUAUUUUUGAAACUGACUGAUGAGGAUUUAAAAGGAGAUGACAUUAGGAUUCCUGAAACUGAGUUCCAACAACGGGGGUUGGUGGCCGUGCCCGUUGCAUGAAUUGCAGUUUGGUUUGUUUGUUUAGUCCCAUUCGCAGGCUCUUCUGUGCUGUUGGAUUUUUUGUAUGGCGCGAAAUGCCAAGGAAGCCACUACCAAACGGAACAGCAAACUUGAGAGUUUUCUCAAAAUCAAUUUGCCUGAAAAUGUGUAUGAACGGAUAAUAGCAUAUGAGCCUUGUAUUGUUGAUCAUCGGAAAGAGAAAAAAGCCUUCAAAUAUGUAGUCCUCAGUGCAGAUAGAAUUUAUCUGACGGAGAAUCCUCCCAAGACAAUUCGGGAAGAGGAUGGUGUGCCUCUUGGAGAAUUGAUAUCUGUUGAACUGGUAAAUGAGUUCCCCGAGUUCCUGAAUGGAGAAGAAAGGGACAACUGCCAGCACAUCCACAUCAAGUACAAUGCCAAAAAACCUAGUAAACAUCGCAAGAAAGGGAGCGGCGACAAGCUUGGCAAUGGAACUGAUGAUGGGAGUAGUAGUGGAGGGAGCAGUCCUGUACCUGAACUCAUUCUUACAGAGCCCAAUGGGUCCACUCUGGACCCCUCCCAACAUCCCUCGAGGUCCAGCAGCAUGCGCAGCCUCAAGCUUAACCGCAGCUUGGAUGAAAGCGACUUGAAAUCGCUGAGAGACAUGUCCAUUGACUCUGACUCUGACAGCGAGGAUAGACUCUCCUGGUCCAUGCCAUCUGGUGAUCUUGAAAACAUGUCCAUCCACAGCCUGGAGUCGCUCUCAUUGGGAAGUGGUGAAAUGCUGACAGGAGACAAAAGCAAAGGGAAAAUCACUGGUGUUGAAACCUGUCGCCCUCUGCCCAACCGUCCGCCCAUCAACAGGGGACAGCGGCAGCGAAGCAUCGAUAAACCGGAGAGUUUCUCUUCCCAGAUUGCUUCAUCGCUUGAAAACCGGGAAGCGAAUACCCCCACCUCACCACCAGCAUCAUCCUCCUCCUCAACAAAGUCCCAGCUUCGGAACUUGCCCUCACCAGAUCCUUUAGACACAGAUAAAUCCAAAUCCAAGCCAUUCCAAUUUCCCUCUUCUGAGAAAGAGGUUACCAAGAAAGGGCUGCAUUCACACAUACCUCUAUUAAGACACAAGAGUUUAGAUGAUGGUGUUCCCAGUAAGCACAACAGAAAUGAAAACAAGGAGAAUAGGUUAGCUGACGAACUUCUUGAAGAGUAUGGUAAACAGAAUCAAGAGGAUAUGCACUUGUACAUCAUCUCAUUGUCAUCACCAAUGCUUAUGCAUCUCAGGAGCUCAUGGAACAAUCAUAUCAUUAAAACUACUUUAUUGACAGAUCAAGAGAUUGCUGAAAGAUUAAAACCUGGGAUCGGAUCAAGCAAAGGACCUUCAAGAGCUCAACUUGAGAGAAAGUUUGCCCAAAUGAAGCAAGAGAUUCUCAACUCAGGGUUUUCCAUGGAGAAACUCUUCAGCUUGGUGCAGGAAUUGUUGACUGCUGCAGACAAAUACUUUGUUCUCAAAAAACUCUUCUGGAAGCAACCAGACCUGUUUAACUUCAUCCUCCAGCAACUUCAGCGCUACCUUCCAAAGUCAACAGUCAAUGUCCACACUGAAAAAGGCAAGCAACACAGGGCCGAUGAACUAGAACUGGCAAUUCUCCUAAUUGAAACCCUAGGGGUGAUGUUUCAUGAGACAGAAGUGCUACCUGGGAGAUUGGACUUCAUCAAGGCAAAUAGUGGUAAGGCUGCAUUGGACUUGCUAGUGGUAUUGACGUGUCUGCCGGAGAUUCCUCAGCGUUGGCGACCCCCGAGGACCAAGGCUCAAUCCCUUGGCUUGGUGACCGAUACAGACAGCUGGAAGACCUAUGCUGAUUCAGAGGUUGCUAAACUAGUCCAGGAAUUGACCAAUGCAUCUACAGCUGUUCUCUUUGAACUCAUCCUUAUUGCACAUCAGUCAAACUGGGGAAACGGAGAAGGCAAGUUUUUCAACAUCUGUUGGCUUGUGAGAGUGUUAGAGACCAUGCAAACAACUUUGCUGGACUUUGUAACGAGAGUUCUGGCUCAGGCCAUGAAGCUCCUGAUGCCAUCUCGUCAUGAGAAGCUGACGCCCAGUGAUGCAGUGCUCCUAUUCCAGCAGUUCUUUGUCAUCCAAACACUACUGGAAUACAGUCCUCAGGUCUCUGUUCAUGUCAGGAAUAACUACAAUGAAGAAUUCAGGUAUUAUGUGCAAUCACCACACAUUGUGAAGAAGCUGCCAAAGGUCUACCCUAUCACAUCCCAGACUCUGAGGAUCAUUGAUGAAGUCCUUAGCCAUGUCCUACAGAAGCCUGCCUCACUACUCACCAAGAAGCCCAAGAAGAAGUAGUGAAUUCCCAGACACUGGGGUUCAUUGAUGAAGUCAUGUACCUUUAUUGGUUACCCAUAUUCCCAAGAAGCCAGCAUCACUACUCACUAGGAAGCCACAGAAAAAGUAGUGAAUAUCCAGACACUUUUAAGAUUCAGCAUAGAAGUCCUUAGCCAUGUUCUACAGAAGCCUGCCUCACUACUCACCAAGAAGCCCAAGAAAAAGUGGUUUAUCAUUGAAAUCCUCAACAAGCCUGCCUUACUACUCAAUGAGAAGCCAAAGAAGAAUAGUGAAAACCUAGACACCAAGGGUCAUUAAUGAAGUCCUUAGCAACAUUCUCCGAAAGCCUGCUUCAUUGCUCAAGAAGAAGCCCAAGAAGAAAUUUGAUUCAAUUUCAGCCUUGAAAAAUAUUAUAAAAAAAAGCAGUGUACCAUAAUUUUCAUCUUCAAGACAAAGCACUGGUUAAGUUUAUUAUUCGUGCAUAAGUGUAUGUCUUCACUUGAAAGAACUACACUAAGAGAUAAUGAUUUAUGGCAUCAAUGGCCUUUGUUAAAUGAGAUUGAUUUAAAUCAGUUAAAACAAAGUACAAUAAAUCUUGGGACAUCUAUUAAUAGUUAUGAUUUCUUUUUCCUGCAAAAUCAUUUGUUUGCACCUAAGUGGCAUGUAUUGAAUACUUUACUGUUGAGGUAGAAAGUGUAUGACUUCAAAUAGUUAAUUAGUAAAAAAAAAUAUAUGCUCACUGCUGCCAUGCUGUAGGAAUUCUUAAACAGCCAAAGAUAAUAUAACCUCAGAUAAAUUAUUGUGGUGUUCAUAUCAAAUAGACAUUCUGCUUUCCAUGAUUAAGUUGUUUCGUUAAACAAUGAUUAAAUGGAGUAAUGCUGCAUUAUUCUCAAUGAAUACUAGAUCACUAUAUGUGCUUGAUCAAUCUUUAUUAAACAUGCAUCCCUUAUUUAUAAUUUUAAUGGUUUUUUGAAUGUAUAACUUUUCUAUUGGGCGGCUUAUCUGAAGCACGUAUUCUCAAUGGAUCUUUUCUUUUUAAAGGGAAGUUUCAGAUCUUAGAAAGGCAGAAAAUGUUUAUGAGCUUUCACCAUACUUUCAUGUAAUUUUCAGGGCAACUUCAUUGAUAAAGGGUGUGCCUUACAAAUGCCAUUUGAAUUGGAAAUGUGACAAGAGACAUCUAAAAUGAUGUCUCUUGCUAUUCAUGCUAAUUUUUAUGUGUGGUGAUUGUGGUCCCAUGUACUUGUUUCGGAGAAUUUCUCUUGCAUUUUUUGAGAAAAAAUAAUGACCAUCAUAUUGCAUCUUAGAAACCUAUCUUCAUGAUAUAUAUUGUAACUUCGAAAAUGCUUUUAAAGAUUAAUUGUUAAAGUCAAAUGGCCAUGUUCAACUGAUAAAGGGGAAAAAUCCAUUUUGCAGAUAAGGACAUUAGGAAAGGACUGUACAAAAAAAAUGUCUUGUCCAUCUGAAAUGAGUAAGUCAAACUUUUAAUGAUAAAGAAAAAAUGUGUACACCAAUAGCCAUAUAUGACUGCUUAUUUUUGCGUAUAAUAUUGAUAUGAUUGCAAAAUGACAUCUUUAUCAAAUUGAAAUUAUUAUAGCUAUUAUAUUAAAGUUUUAUAGACUUAUAUCAUUACAUAUGUCAUAUAAACCCUGAUUUUUCCCAACCAUUGUUUUUUUAUGUAACUAUAUGUUUGUUUGUUUUUUGCUCUGAAUAUUCAAUCUCAAUUGAAUCUGUACUAAAGUAAAUAGAUUUGAAAUGUGGAAAAUGAAAAUAAAGUGAAAUAUUGAAGCUCUGUUGCCAUUUGACAAAAUAAACUUGUGAACUUGAGUUGGCAUAUGCAUGUGAUAUUUAAUCAGUUUAUGUUUUGUUUGAAGCUAUUAAUUUUAUUCUCCUUUAUAUUAGUUAUGGUGGGUUUUUUUCUUCUAUCAAUGCUUACCAGAUGUCCCUUGUUCUGUUUUAUAAUCAGAUUUUAUUUUUGCUUUGAAGCUGUGGAUGCUUAUGAAAUAUAAUUCUUGAACUGGUAUGUAACCAGAUUAGCAUAUACAUUGGUGUUUUUUUUUAGAAUGUAUUCUAGUAAAAUUAAUUUGUUUGAUUAGAAAAAAACACAAUUGCCUUCUAAUCAGAUGCCUUAUUUCAUGAAAAUAAGUCCAAUGCUUUGAAAUCACUUUGUAAUAUUUGGUAGAUUUAGUCACAUGAUGUUGUUUCAGCUGUCACCAUAAAUUGUAUUUGCUGUGUGAAUAUAUAUGGUGAAAUUAAUACAUGAUUGUUAUGUAAAUAUUUAUAAGAAAUUGUAAAUGAUUUUAAGAUGCAAAUAUGCAAUCAAUUGCGUUGAUUCCUUCAUAAUGAUAUGUGCCUGAAUGAUGAUUUAAUGGAAACAGAUUCCAGUGAAACUUUUAUUCCUAAUAUCACCUUGAUUUUCAUUAUGCCUGCCUUUUGUGAAUAUUUUUAUGAUAUUUUUGUGUUUUUGUGUGAUUUGUGUUCUAAGAUUUGUGAGAGUAUUGUAAUUUUGUAUGAAUCUUCUAAAAUCUUCUUGAACCAUUGUCUUUCUAUGUAAUUCCAAUCCGUGCCAUUUGUCUUCAAUGAAAUCGCUUUUAACAAGGCUGACAAAAUCUAUUUCAAUUAUAUCUGCUUACGAAACACUCAAGUGAUAUAUAUAUAUAUAUAUAUGCUGUGAAAUUAUAUAUUUACACUCAAUAUCCUAUGUAGGUUAGUGUUUAGAUAAUAGUGAUAUAUUUAUAUACUUGUAACUUCUAAAACACCAUUUUGUUUAACAUUUUGAAGAUUUGAUAACAUAUAAUAUGAAAUGAAUAUUUUGUUGUGACAUUUGUCCCACAUAAAAUAUAAAGUUUUAGAUAUAUCAGUAGCCUUAAUUAUAUAAAAUGAAGAAUUAUAAACCCUAGUGAUAAUAAAAUUAUAUUUUAUAUAGCACUUAAUACAUGGAAAUGGCAUCUUUGAGCAUUUUACAGGUAUCAUUACUGUGGUAAAGUUGAGUAGUUUUGAAUCUGAUACUGUCUUGAAACAUAUCAAGUGUUUUGUGUAGUUAUAAUAUUAAGCUAACAGAUGGUUUUACAAUCUAAUAUUUUGAUUUUAAGACUUUGUUUUAUGUUUUAGAUAAAGAGAUAUAAGGACUAACUUUAUUCUAUUGCAAUUAAAAAUUCAAAUUUGAUAUUGAUACAGGAAAUUCUUUGGACCCUAAGGAAACCUUUUUUAAACACAAUUUUCAGGGGUUAUAACUGAAAAAUGUUUGAAAAUGGUAGGUGUACACGUUUAUAAACAAUGAACCUGAAUUGGAUAUUAGUUCUUUAAUGUUUAUUUUUAUUUCAAGAUUCUUUCUUACACAUACUUGAAAUUGGUGUUAGUUCUGUUGUGUUUUCAUGUGUUUUUGUUUUAGGAUAUUAUCACAUAAUUACUAAGGAUAGGAUGUUGUCAUUUUCAUCUGUAAUAGAGAGUAAUAUAUAAACUUGUAUGACUAAGAGUGGGUCUGGUUUAAAACUAUGCUACCCAAAGCGAUAUGAAUAUGACUAUAUUCCUUAGCGGUGCAGCCCUAACAGGUCAUUCUCACUCUCUUAUGUAUUUGGUUUAAUCUGUCACUUUCGAGAAAAAGUAGACUCUAGAGUGCAUAAAUCAAGCUUCUCGAAAGUCAUAUGUUGACAUCAUACAUAGUGGAUCUCGGUGUUAUGACUGUCCACUUCUAUCGACAUGCACCAACAACAAUAAUUAAUAGCUUAUCAUUGUCACAUUGCAGUGCAAACAGAUAUGUUCUUGGCUUAUAGUUUAUCAAAAGAAAUGAUUUUUAGUGAAAGUUUGUGCUGUGGUAAGUUUUAUUUUUAUGCUCUGUAUGAAUAAUGUGUACAUGUAUGUAGUUCAUAUUUUUUUAACUAGAGCUAUACUACUAGUUUGAAUUUAACGGACAGUAUCCGGAAAUUGCAUUAAGUUCAAUACGCUCAAUAUAAGCAAAGAAGCCUUAUUGUACUCACCUUGUAACCUAACACCAUAUCGUAUGAGCCAUUAAGAUGGCAACCGAUACAUUGUUAUGCAUGCCUUUUGCCUUCUUCCGACGCAAAUAUUUUAUGUAAUCUUCAAACUUCAGUUAAGUAAUUUUGUAUGAUUUUAAGAUUUAUUAUUAUUACCUUUUUGUAAUUAUCUUUAUCAUUACAAGAUUAGGGCUUUGCUACUAUUUGGUUACAAUUUAUUUUGCACAUGAUCCCAAUUAUCACAAUAAUAUAUAUGCACAGCCAAUUCAAAGUGUUUCAUGAUAUACAUGUUUUUAGUGUUUGUGGGUUGACCACCUUUUCCUAUUUCAUACACGACAGCACAAAACACAAGUGUGAAUUGAAAAAUUGAAGAAAUAUUUAACUGAAAAAUGAAUCCCAAGCACAGGGAAGAGUAAGGAUUGAUCGUUAGAACUACAAGUGAGAUCCUGCUAAAACCGUCAUGUUUAAAUGCAGCAUUUAAUAACUGAAAACGCAACACUGUUAUUAAUGCACAGUGCUUAGUUCACUGGUCAACCAAUCUCUCAGGAUUAAUGCAAACGA